UUUCAGAUGACUCGCAAAAGAAGGAGUGCUGAUGUUUCCGGAAACUGUUGGGGAGGUCGCGCUUCCGAUGCACUCGAUGGUGAAGUGGGUAAUAUAUGGAGCAAUGAAUACAUGAAGGAUUUUAACAAACGAUAUGGACAUUUUGAAUAUGAUGUGAAAUAUAAAGGAAGGAAGUUGGACCAGCGAUUCAGUAUUCCAAGUUUUUAUGAAAAGAACGAACUGGCUAUAGAGACUGAAGAACUUGAACACAGCAUGGAAUAUCCUUCAGAACUUAUUGAAUACAUGAAACAAGUUGCUUGCAUUAUCAGGAAUGAUCCUUCUGUGUUAGGUGAUUUACAAAGGAAAUGUUUGGAGGAAUGCCAAAAUUCUGAAAUUUCUUUGUGCAAAUUCAGUACAUCUUGUUUUCUAAUUGACGAAAUCUUCAACGGCUGCCGCGACGCUGCAAGGCAGUGGAUGUUUAAGAUUGUGCAGUCGAGAAAAGAGAUUUCGCUGCAGCUCCUCUGCACACCGUGGGCCUGUCACACUUUGGAAACUUUGCUUUCUUCUCUGUCUAACAUCCUAGAUAUUGAGAUCAUUGUUCAUUGGGUGGAUCUAGUUUUAGAAAAUUGGAUUCAGCUAAUAUCUGACAGAAAUGCCACCCAUUUUAUUCGUACCCUUGCAUAUCACCUCGUUGGUCUCAAAAAGAAGAGAUCGGAAAAGAUGGGAAAAUGUUUAGCGAAGGAUGUUUUGUCCAAAAAAGUACAGAUCAACCAAGCAGCUAAAGAAAAUUUUGAAAGACUUGCAAGUGUGGCCCUGGAUUACGCUUCAGUGAACGUCAUGUUGGACAAUGAAUCAGUUUCUUUGGUGCUGCAAGAUGUGGUCGAAUGUGAUACUGUUUAUCAAACUGGCUAUCUUCGAAAAUUUGUUGAAGCAGCUUGCAGAUGUCCUGAUUCCGUUUUAAAGCAGUGGAAGGGAAAGCAGGCUUCUCAUUUAUGGGACGUUAUAGUGCAGAAGGUUGAUGAGGAUCUCCGUCGAAUUUUAUAUCAUUCCGUUCUACAAGGCAGGUUGUUCGAUCUCUCAUUACAUAUGUUCGCCAAUUUUCCUAUGCAAAAAUAUAUAUUAUCAGUAAGAUCUAAUGAACUGAUUGUUAACAUUUUUGACGAGCUAAUGGAUCACUUCACGGAUAUUUGCGUUAAAUCUAAAUGGCCUGUUAUUACUGCACUGGUUCAAAUGGCUCGCAAUAGAGAUGAAGUGGCUAUUGUCAAAAAAUUAAGGAAUUAUUUCAGAUGUCGGUCUAUAUCUGCAAGACCAGCAUUUGUACCAUGUAUAUUCACUCUUACUUGCCAGACUUCUGCACAGUUUAUGGGGACUUUUGAUGUUGUGAAAGGACAAUUACAUGGCUCCCUUAUUCUUCAAGAACUUAUAAAUUACGAGCAUAAUAAAAUGGUGGUUAUGUCAAUGAAAUCGCUAGCGGGUACAACAAUUCUCGAAAUGGCCCAAAAUAAGAAAGGCAGUUUCCUGUUGCAAACUCUCUUUAAAUCGACUACUGUUUCGCGAACUGAUAAAGAACUGAUUGCCAGACCUUUGAAGCUGAAAUGGCAUGAAGUGAUAACUAAUAAUGUUUCAAGCCAUGUAUUCGACGUUCUCUGGAUAAAUGAUCUUUAUAAUAUCGCGGAGAAAGAGGCAUUAAUGAACGCUUUGUCGAGAGCAGUGAUUGAGAAUCAUUGCAAAACGUUGCGUCUGAUCUGCAUGAAGUUAAAUUUGCGGAAAUUUAAAGAACAGCGAAUGGAAUGGCUAAAAGAUGCGAAAAAAAGACUUGUGAAAUAAACGUUAUUUCAGCUUUUUGUUGUUUGAAAAGGAAAU